AGACCUAGCCAAGAGGAGUUUGGAAAUACUCAUCAUAAAAUAGCUGUAAAUAUUCCCUAAAGCAACCGCUUUCAGACUCUCCACAGAAAGACAAAGCCUACAGUAAUAUAUGUGGUUUAGUUUUAUGUUCAUGAUAGAUUCCUCUUUUUAGACUGUAAUUUUGAAACAGUUCAACAGCUGAGUUGGCAACUAAAACCCACCCUCUAAAAUAUAUAAGUGAAAUGUGGAUGCUAUAAUCCUAAGGGCAGAGCCUGCUCCCAGUUUGGCAUUCUUUGGUUCCAGCUGUUGACUAGAGAUAAGUUAGAUUAUAACAGUAAAACCAAAAAAUGCUGUUAAUGCAAAUUCCUUGCAUUGCAUGUUUCUCUUUAAAGAGCAAGUGGACAUUCUUGCAAACGACCAGAAUAGGAGGCUAUUUGUCUUUUCUCAGCCCAGCGACUGUAAGUAGAUAUGGACGGCAAGGCCUCAUGAAUUUUAUGUCACAUUUAAUUUUAUUUUAAGGAGGUUAAAAUAGAGGGCUUUAAAGCCUCAACCAGGCAUGUCAUUUUCUUUGUCCUUCUCUGUUCAGUGUUUCCUAGUUCACCACAACAAGCACUUACAAUUUUCAUAGUGAGGGAAAGGUUAUUUUAGAUCCCCAGUUAUACGUACCAUGACGUUAAGACGAAAAUUAAAAUGAUACAAUCCCUUAUACAGUACCUUAUAUAGACGAAGCGUGUUUUCAUGAAGCAAUAUAUGCUUGCAUGGGGAUGGAAGAAACCAGCAGACAUACGCAAGACAUCUUGGACUCUUGGAUACUUGUACAGUGAUCACCCCAAUUUCAAUUAUUCUCUCCAUGGUCCCCAUGAGUUCAUUUUUAUCUGUCUAUCCAUCCAUCCUCUGUUUUCCCUCACAAAAGAUGUAUGACAGCUUACAAAGAUAGAUGGACAAAUCGAAUUUAAAAGUGGAAGAAAAAGGAAAAUGAAAAAUAGAUGUGGGUGUGCAAGAUAGACGAUAAUGAUUUGUAAUCAUGUUAACAAUUGGGCCACAAGUGUAGUUUUCUAAGAUUUUUCUUGGCCACUGCCAAAAGAAAAAUCUGGUUGGUCACUAGAUUCAGGAUCUACGGGAUCAAAACAAACCAUUUACUUGGUAGAAGCCCUUUGUUCUUGGAACUAGAGCCAGACAGGAAAUUCUUCUAAGAGGCUCAUAAAGAAGACAGUAUCCUGUGAUGAACACCCGUGACAGCAUCUUUGCGAUAGAGGCGGUGACCUAUUUCUUACACAACCAUCCCCCCAUGUAGGCUGGUGACAUCAUAUUCAAGAGCAGGUCUGUAAAAAUGGAUUCUGCAGCUGGCAGUCAGUCCAGCUUCAUCUAGAAGCUGACCAUGUACACAUAUGAAGUCUCAGGAUAGUGUAUGGACCCAGUAUGUACUUAAUAAAUGUAAGCAAUUAGUAUUAUUGCUACACACUGUUGCGUGUCAGAUGCGUGCCUACUUUUGAUGGGGAAGAGAUGGGCUCCACACAUGCAGCGGAGUGAACUUGGUGGGCAAGAGCAUCUCUGAGCUCGCAGCUCUCACCUCCCACGCACUUGAUCACGUGAUCCCACGUGAGCUCACUCCCACGUGAUCUCAAAAUGCAGCCGCGUUCAAGUUGGGUGAUGCCACAUGUGGGCUCUCUAGGGAAGACAGGCUUGCUCCAGGUAACGCUUGAAAAGCCGAAACUCCAUAGUUACUGCCAGUAUGGGGAGGAAGCCAAAUCUGAGCUAAGUGGAAUACCUUCCCAGCAGAAACCUGCCAGCUUCAGCUCUUCAUUCUAGGAGGAUUCAGACUCCUUUUAAGGAGUUAAAAAGAUGAGAAGUCCUUUGUGAUUUCCCAGGAUAGAAGAGAGUGAAGAUUUGGCUUUUCGCUCAUUAGUCCCGGGUGACUCCGAGAUCCAGAAGGAUCUCCCUUCUGCUCCCCUCCCCUCAUCCUCCCUUGUCUUGCCCUCUUUUUCUAAAUCUCAUUAACUGGUUCAUCACAGUUGGUCCUAUCAUGUCAGAAGGCAGUGACUGCCAGAAUCUGCCUAGAACAGAAUUCAUUUGGAGUUGAAAUACCCUCCCCCUGGGUUAAUCUCCUCGGUGGUUGCACGUAAAGCGCGGGGCAGCAUGUGGUGGAGAUUAGGCAUGCCUUGGUGUUGAAUUCUGAGCUCCAGGAUGUGUGUGGGCCUGCAUCCCUCACAGCCGCGUCACUUUCUUCUUUUAAUGAAAGCUGAAACCCAGCUCCUGCCAGAGGACAGUGGGAGUGAACAAAUGUGUAGGAAAAGAAAAUAGAAAUGGUUAGGAAGGCUGGCUGCCCGACCCCUGGUCUGGGCUAGAAACAGCCCACCCCCUCCUUCCUAGCCCAUGGAAUGCAGGAAGGGCUGCAAGAGAAGCCGGGAGGGCUCCUGGGGAGGAAUUAAGUGUGGUUUGGUAUGUUUCUGGCUUCUCUGUAAAUACUGGACACCUCCGAAUGGAAGAACAGCUGAGAAAAGUGACUGCUAAUCCCCCAGUGCCAGGAGGAGGCCUGCCUCUCCCUUCUAGAUCCCAGCAGAUGGUGGAUGAAACAGGCUUCCCUCGAGGCAAGGGCAGCAGGAACUGUCCCACCUUCUGUUCCUUCAGCCAGCCCUGCACGUCUCCCUCAUGGCCUGUCCCUGCCCAGAAGGGCCUCUCCGGCCCUCGAGAGCCUUGGGGACACGCCCCGGCUUUGGCUUUCGCCAUCCGGCUGGGAUGCUCAAGGUCAGCCAAGCUGGACUCGGGCCAGCACUGGCAGCUUGGGAAGCCUUCAGCGAAAUUCCGCGGGCCUGGGGAACAGCCAGGCAGUGUCGCCACGUUUCUCCCUCUGUGAAUUACCUGGGGAAGAGGGGUGGUGACUUAUUUAAAAUGCACAUGCACUCUUCCAGGAUGAAACCUGGGAAUCUGAAUUGCUGUUAGAGGUAACUUGGCUGCAAGUGGUUCUAGCAUUCUACUUGGGGAAACAGCAGCCCAAGUGGACUGGAAGGCAUUUGGGGUGGUGGAUAGGAACAGGGUGUCGUCUGGUGCCUGGAUUUGAAGCGUUACUCUUCCAUUUGCUCAGCCGUGUGACCUUGAGCAAAGCAGGCGCAACGGUUCCCUACCUCAUAGGAUACAAACCAGUCUUUCUCAAACUGCAGGGCACAGCCAUUCUUGGGUUUUGAAAUCAAUUUAGUCACAAUUCACAUCAAAAAAUGUAAGUGGGAGGUUGGCUACACAGCAAUGUGAAUGUACUUAACGCUACUGAACUGUACAAUUUUAGUUGGUUAAGGUGGUACAUUUUAUGUUAUGUAUAUUUUACCGAAAUUUAAAAAAAAGAGAAAUAUCUAGACUGCACCACAGAAGGUUAAGUCAUUUUUAUAUACUUAAGUAGACACGACAGAAGCCAAUCUCAAUUUUCAUAUUAAAUGGAUCCCUGGAAAAAUUGUGCCAAAUGAAAAUCAGUCAUUGAAUCUUAUUUUCCAUUGGCUUAUAAUUUAAGUAAAUAUAUAAAAACAGCGUUUAGAGUUUUAAAACGUGGAAAUUGAGCAGUAUUGCAAUGAACAAAUAUCGAACCAUCAUAGAUCUUUAAGGGGAAAAAAGUGUUCUUACCAUAAAUGUAGUGCAUAAGAAACUAUGUUUUGUUCUAAGUGGGAAAAAGUGAAAUUGUUUUUAAACAUUUUAAGGGUGAAGAUUAUUUCAUGAAACUGGUCUCAGUAUUCCACUGACCUACCCACCCCUGCUCCCGGGCAGACUGAUUCCUAGGUGGGUGGACUGGAAUUGGCCUCCUGAGCCCUGCAAGUAUUUACAAAGGAUUCAGGGAAUAACCGUGGUGUUCAGUGAUCUGCUAGACUUUCCAGGAGUUCCCUUUACACAUAUGGCAGUGAAUGUGGGAAUGUGCCACCAGUCACUCCCAAGGAGAAACUCUUUCUUUCACACAAGUGUUAAUGCACUUCAGUCCUACUCUGCUUUAAAAAUAAUGAAAUACUUCCUCAGGAAGUCUUUCUCUGAACCCUCUUUUGAAUCCCUCUUUUUGUGACUAUCCCAAUGAUUCCCUCUUUCUUCCUAGUGUGUACCAUAACUGUCCCUGACUUGUCUGUAGCUGCUCUGCGGUACGAGUCCUGCUCUGUUUCAUUUCUGUCUUCCAGCGACUAGCACAGUUCUUGUGCCAUAAAUAUUUGCUGAAUCAAUAAGUGAAUGACAUUGACCCAAAUCUUCAAAAGUGAGAGCCAUAGCUGCCCCCAAAAGUAUCAUUAUUACUGAAUUGUAAUAGUUACAAUUUGCUUUGUAUCUUCUAUGUGGCUUAUAUCACUUGUCUCUAAUUAUUACAAUAACUAAUAAUCUCUGUCUGAAAAGAGUUACUGUGUCCUUUUUCAGAGGGGAAAAUUGGGGCUUAUGAAAGUGAAGUGACUUGCCCAAGAGCAAAAUAGGUAGUAAGUGAUAGAGGCGGGAUUCAAACCUAGGGAUGUUGGGCUGUAACACCCGUCCCAUUUCUCCUUUUUGGUUCUUCUGCAUCUGCCUGAGCCAAAACAGCUCUGCUCUUUGCAUCCUGUCAACAGGCAUUUUCGCUGAAAAAGGCCUACCAAGUGGCAGAAGGUGAUUCCAGCUGGCGUGACCCUCACCUGGCUCCAUCACCCAGCCGCCCUCAUACUUUCUUCUCCAGACCAACCCAAACAUGGUUGGGGAGCUCAGCGGGGAGGGCCCAGCAUUCCCCAGUCUGGACAAGUAUCUAAUCAGCAGGCCUCCUUAGCAUAUCAAUCCAAGACCACUCCAGAGAUGGAUGCCUGGGCCCAGUUUCUAUUUUUAACUGGUGUGAAGGGGAGGAAAAACACAAGCAUUAAAAAUCAAAGUGCCAGUGAAGAACUGAGAAUACAGGGCAACCCAGGGCAAACCAGUGAUCUGUGUCCUUCUUACGUCUCUCUGUUUCUUUCUCUUCUGCUUGAUUCAAGUAAUCCCUUUCUCCAAAGUCUCAAGAUCCUCCACAAAGAAGCUGAUAUCAUUUAUACCAGUGCUUCUCACACUUCAACAUACAUAUGACUCAACUGAGCAUCUUGCUAAAAUGCAGAUUCUGAUCCAAUAGUUCUGGGGUGGGGCCUGAGACUGCUUUUCUAAUUCAUUCCUGGUUAUGACCAUAUUGUGCAUCCCGGUGAUAUGUCCAGUCGGUUGAAGUUGCUGUUAUCUCCUUGACAAGAACAUUUCUCUUUCAGUCCUGUCUUUGUCUGGAAUAAACGCUUUUGCGUUAUUAAGAUGAAUGUUCAUCUCUCCACCAGCAAGUGGACAAGCAAGCAACCCUUGGCAUUUGUUCCUUCAUUCCCUUUGGCAGCAGGGGAGUCUUUCCUGGCCUAAAGGCAGGAGUCUGAGUUUGAGAAAAACCCUGGAAUCAUGGAGGAGAGCCCCCUGAUGUCCCAGCUGGGGUAAACCUGCCCUCUCCUCCAACAAGACUGGGCAGGCUCUCACAACAGCUGUUUCCAGCCUCUUUCCCUGACCAGCCCCUGAGCCAUGCAUAAAUUGGGGACCAAGGUGGCCUUGGUUAAUCUCAGCUUUCUGCACAGCCCCAGCUUUCCGAGUUGUCAUGCAGGUUGGUGGGGACUAAGCCAGGAGGGUGCCCUGUCCCAGGCACCCCUUUUCUGGCCACCCAAAUAUGCUGCUGUGGUGCCCUUUGGGCCCAUGAGGACUGCCAGGGCUCUGCUCCCCCAGCUCUCCGUCCGGGAAGAUGAGAAGCUGCCGUCACUCCCCUGCUGCCCUGGCCCAGCUGUCAGGACCCCUCAGCAGAGGGCGGGGUGCCAAGCCUUCCCCCUUGCGUGUGGCUUGUUGUCUCUUAGGCUGGCGGGGCUGCGGCGAAGCCAGCCACAGCACACCCAGGGGGCACCUCCACCCAAGAAGGGGGAGGGGGCGGGCUGGCGUCACCCGGUCUUCCCCUGGCCCCUACCCUUCACCGCCUGCCCCUCCCUAGCUCCCUAUUUGGCCAUCCCCCUGGUUGCCCCCUCCCCUUCCUUACAUGGUCUGGGGGGCCCCCGGGCUGAUCCUCUCCCCUGCCCUUGGCUCCAUGAAUGGCCUCGGCGCUCCUCAGUGGUGCGAAGGCGACCAAAUAAGGCAAGGUGGCCGACCGGGCCCCCCACCCCUGCCCCCGGCGGCUCCAACUGACCCCGUCCAUCAGCGCGCUAUAAAGCCGCGCGCCCCGCGCGGGGCACCAGCGCCUGCCACCGCCCGAGCAGCCGAGCCGAGCCCGCCCCGCGGACGACCCCACUGAAGCUGCGCCAAGAUGUGCGACGACGAGGAGACCACCGCCCUGGUGUGCGACAACGGCUCCGGGCUGGUGAAGGCCGGCUUCGCGGGCGACGACGCGCCCCGCGCGGUCUUCCCUUCCAUCGUGGGCCGCCCGCGCCACCAGGGAGUCAUGGUGGGUAUGGGUCAGAAGGAUUCCUACGUAGGUGAUGAGGCCCAGAGCAAGCGAGGUAUCCUGACUCUCAAGUACCCCAUUGAGCAUGGCAUCAUCACCAACUGGGAUGACAUGGAGAAGAUCUGGCACCAUACCUUCUACAAUGAGCUCCGCGUGGCCCCUGAGGAGCACCCCACUCUGCUCACUGAGGCCCCACUGAACCCCAAGGCCAACCGUGAGAAGAUGACCCAGAUCAUGUUUGAGACCUUCAAUGUCCCCGCCAUGUAUGUGGCCAUCCAGGCGGUGCUGUCCCUGUAUGCUUCUGGCCGUACCACAGGCAUUGUUCUGGACUCUGGGGAUGGCGUAACCCACAACGUCCCCAUCUAUGAGGGCUAUGCUUUGCCCCAUGCCAUCAUGCGUCUGGAUCUAGCUGGUCGGGAUCUCACUGACUACCUCAUGAAGAUCCUCACUGAGCGCGGCUACUCCUUUGUCACCACCGCUGAACGUGAAAUUGUUCGCGAUAUUAAAGAGAAGUUGUGCUAUGUCGCCCUGGAUUUUGAGAAUGAGAUGGCUACGGCUGCUUCUUCCUCCUCCCUGGAGAAGAGCUAUGAACUGCCUGAUGGCCAAGUCAUCACUAUUGGCAAUGAACGCUUCCGCUGCCCUGAGACGCUCUUCCAGCCCUCCUUCAUUGGUAUGGAAUCUGCUGGCAUCCAUGAAACAACUUACAACAGCAUCAUGAAAUGUGACAUUGAUAUUCGCAAGGAUCUGUAUGCCAACAAUGUCUUAUCUGGAGGUACCACCAUGUACCCCGGUAUUGCUGAUCGCAUGCAAAAGGAAAUCACUGCCCUGGCUCCCAGCACCAUGAAGAUCAAGAUUAUUGCCCCCCCUGAGCGUAAGUACUCUGUCUGGAUUGGGGGCUCCAUCCUGGCCUCCCUGUCCACCUUCCAGCAGAUGUGGAUUAGCAAACAAGAGUAUGAUGAGGCAGGACCAUCCAUUGUCCACCGCAAAUGCUUCUAAGGUGCCUUCUCUCUUAGUCUACCUUAUGUUCAUUCAGGAUGACGGUAUGAUGCCUCUUGGAGUCUUCUGAACCACCUUCCCUCAUCUCUCAUCAAUCAUUGUACAGUUUGUUUACACACGUGCAAUUUAUUUGUGCUUCUAAUAUUUAUUGCUUUAUAAAUAAACCAGACCAGGACUUGCAACCUACAAAA